AAGACUUGAUUUUAGGUUUAAAAAAUGGGCCGAUACGCACGUGAGCCAGAAAAUGCUGCAAAAUCUUGCAAAGCAAAAGGUUCAAACUUAAGAGUACACUUUAAGAACACAUGUGAAACUGCAAAUGCAAUUAGGAAGAUGCCUCUCAAAAGGGCCGUAGCAUAUUUAAAGAACGUAAUAAUUCAGAAGGAGUGUAUUCCAUUUAGAAGAUUUAAUGGUGGAGUAGGUCGUUGUGCCCAGGCAAAACAGUUUGGUACCACACAGGGAAGAUGGCCUAAAAAGUCAGCAGAGUUUCUUUUACAACUCUUGAGAAAUGCUGAAAGCAAUGCAGACUACAGUGGACUGGAUGUAGACAGAUUAGUAGUAGAACAUAUUCAGGUAAACAGAGCCGCUUGUUUGAGGCGUCGUACCUACAGAGCCCAUGGUAGGAUCAAUCCUUACAUGUCUUCACCUUGCCAUAUUGAAUUAUGGUUAACUGAAGGAGAAUCAUCACAAGAUGCUCCCAAAAAGGCAUCACAGAAAAAGAAAUCAACACUUGACAAAGUGAAGAGACCAAAAGCACCCCCAGCUGUGACCCAUUAAAUGUUCUAUCUGUCACCUGUUAAUAAUAAAAUUUGAUUGCCAC